AGCAACGUGCAAUUAAACGAUAACUCCUCUUUUAUCUCUACUUGCUAACUCCCCAACAAUGACGACCAGUACCCGUGUUGUUCUCUGCCUUGGCUUUGCAUUCCUCUUCUGUGUGGCUCAAGGAGCGAAGGUUACUUUGACGAACAAGUGCCAAUUCACGGUAUGGCCAGCAUCACUAACCGCUGACCAAAAGCCUCAGCUAUCAAAAACGGGUUUCGAGUUGGGUCCAGGAGCAACAGACUCCGUGGACGUUCCAUCUCCAUGGACGGGUCGGUUUUGGGCCCGAACCGGAUGUUCCAACAACGGAAGGUUCACAUGCGCAACCGGUGACUGCGGGUCGGGUCAAGUGGAAUGCAACGGUGCGGGUGGAAACCCACCAGCCACGUUGGCAGAGUUUACAUUGGCACCAAACGGAGGACAAGAUUUCUACGACGUGAGUAACGUUGACGGGUUCAACAUGCGAAUGUCCAUAACCCCACAAGGGGGAAGUGGCGGUUGCAAAGUUUCGAGUUGUCCUAACAACAUCAACGACAAGUGUCCUGAUCAACUCCAAGUUAAAGGGUCUGAUGGAAGCGUAAUCGCUUGCAAGAGCGCGUGCUUGGCUUUCAACCAGGCACAGUAUUGUUGCACUGGUGAUCACGACAAACCUGAAACCUGUCCACCUACAGACUACUCUAAGAUUUUCUCUGAGCAAUGCCCUGAUGCUUAUAGCUACGCUUAUGAUGAUAAAAAGGGCACCUUCACUUGCAACGGUAGUCCCGAUUAUACCAUCACUUUCUGCCCUUGAAAGUCCUUUUAAGUGCUUACACAAAUAUAUAGCUGCUAUUGUAUGAAUAAAAAAUCACGUGCUUUCGGUGAUUGUAUUUCUAUUCAUCACUUGUCAUCCAAUAAAGUUUAGUUUCUUUCCCCUU